CAUACAGCAUAUGAGGCUGCCCGUGUCUGAGGUCCUUUCUUUUGGAUCAUAUCUCGCCCAUCUCCUCCACGCUGAAGCCUAUAGCACUUCUGCAUUUAGUAUAAUUUCAUAAUUUUAGUGUUUUUCUGUUCGCUCCGUUUUCGCUGUUUUGUUGUUUUCUUAAACCCACCUGACCCAUCCCUCCUGUUUGGGCACCAGGAUGGCGAUGGAGCUGUGGAGGCACUGUGCUCGAUGGCUUAUUGACUGCCGUGUGCUUCCUCCUAAUCAUCGGGUAACUCUGGACACUGCCCAAGUAUGUGACCUAGCUCAAGCACUACGAGAUGGAGUCCUUCUUUGCCAACUGCUUAACAACCUGUUGCCUCACAGUGUCAACUUGAGUGAAAUUAAUGUGCGACCACAGAUGUCACAGUUUCUCUGCUUGAAGAAUAUCCGCACCUUCCUUUCAAUCUGCACUGAAAAAUUUGGGAUGCGUCGAGCAGACCUAUUUGAAGCGUUCGACCUGUUUGAUGUCAGAGAUUUUGGAAAGGUUAUUAACACGCUGUCCUUGUUAUCCUGGAGUCAAAUUGCACAACGUAAAGGUCUUUUGUCAUUCCCUACUGAGGAUUAUGAAGCAGAUGAUGACAUCUACAGUGGUCUCUCUGACCAAAUUGAUGACACUGGGGAGGAAGAUGAAGACCUUUAUGAUUGUGUUGACAUGGAUGAAGAGGAAGGCAAUGAAAUAUAUGAAGUACUCAUGAAGGGCGAUGAGCAACCAGCACCACCAAGAGAUGGGAAAAUGACUACAGAUGACAUGAAAAGGUGCUGCCUCCAGGAGUUGUACCAGACAGAGGAAAAAUACACAGACACGCUUGGAUCCAUCUGCCAGUAUUUUAUGAAGCCUCUUCAGAAUUUCCUCCGGAGAGAUAAAAUGAGUGACAUAUUCAUCAAUAUAGAGGAUCUGAGGAAACUCCAUCAAAACUUUUUACUAGAUACGAAGAAUUGCACCUCACUGAAGACCUGCCAGAACUUGUAUCAAGUGUUUCUUCACUACAAGGAGAAGCUUCUUAUCUAUGGUACGUACUGCAGUCAUGUGGAAUCUGCCACUAAAAGACUGGAACAAAUUUCGCAGGAACAUGAGGGAUUCAGAAUGAAAUUAGAGGAAUGUUCUCAGAGAGCUAAUAAUGGGCGCUUCUCCCUGCGUGAUCUACUGAUGGUGCCGAUGCAACGAGUUUUGAAAUAUCAUCUAUUGCUACAGGAGCUGGUGAAACACACUAUGGAGCCAACAGAAAAAGAGAAUCUGAAGCUAGCUCUGGAUGCAAUGAGGGAUUUGGCACAAUGUGUGAAUGAAGUAAAGAGAGAUAAUGAGACAAUCAAACAAAUCACCAAUUUCCAGUGUUCUAUUGAAAAUCUGAACGAGUCUCUUGCUCAAUAUGGAAGACCAAAAACUGAUGGCGAGCUGAAAAUCACUACUGCUGAGAAGAAGUCAAAACUCGACAGAUAUGCUUUCCUUCUGGACCAGGCAUUGCUUAUCUGUAAGAGGAAAGGUGACACAUAUGACCUGAAAGAAUUCAUUAAGCUUCACAAUUAUCAAAUCCGUGAUGAUUCUUGUAGCGAACGAGAUAAUAAAAAGUGGUCACACAUGUUUUUUUUGAUUGAUGCUCGCGGAGCUCAUGGAUAUGAGCUUUUCUUCAAGACUCGGGACCUGAAAAAAAAGUGGAUGGAACAAUUUGAAAUGGCUCUAUCCAAUAUUUAUCCUGAAGAUGCUCAUGCAAAUGGACAUGAAUUCCAAAUGUAUUCUUUUGAGAACACAACCACAUGCAGAGCCUGUCAGAUGCUGCUACGGGGCAUGUUCUUUCAGGGAUACCGAUGUGUCAACUGCCGAGCUCCAGCUCAUAAGGAAUGCUUGGGAAGAGUGCCAUGCUGCGGGAGGCAAGAUGCUGCUGGCUGCAACCCGAAAAAGAAACCGGGCCGAGGGACACCAAGUAAAAGGGCAGAAACAGGUCUUACAAAGAUGGAGACUUGUCACGACUACGUGGGAAUUCCUCCACCACCCAUUGCCUUUGGGCCACCACUACAAAUGCAAAAGGGUGAUGUCAUAGAACUGACAAAAGCGGAAGCUGAGCAGAACUGGUGGGAGGGUCGAAACGCAUCUACAAAUGAAAUUGGCUUCUUCCCUUGCAGUCUGGUAAAGCCUUAUAUAUAUAAUCCAAUAGCUGAUCUGUCAUCUUUUAUCUGGUAUGCCGGUCCAAUGGAAAGGAAAGAAGCUGAGCAACUAUUGACUAAUCGAUCUGAUGGCACUUUCUUGGUCAGACAGAGGAUUAAAGACUCUGGAGAAUUUGCAAUUAGCCUAAAGUUUAAUCAGGAAAUCAAACAUAUGAAGGUGACGGUUCAUGAGGGAGUCUGGAGGCUCACAGAGAAAAAAGGCUUUAAGGGACUUCCUGAACUAGUUGGGUUUUACCAACAGAACACUUUAAAAGAUUGCUUCAAGCUUUUGGAUACAACGCUACAGUUUCCUUUCAAGGAGCCGGAGAAGAAAGAAAACCUCAGGAUGGGUAAAAAUGAAGACAAACACAAGAUGAAAUAUUUGGGCUCAGCUCGAGCACGUUAUGACUUCUGCGCCAGAGACAGAACAGAAUUGAGUCUGAAGGAAGGCGAUGUUAUCAGGAUCCUAAAUAAAAAAGGACAUCAAGGAUGGUGGAAAGGAGAAGUGUAUGGCAAGAUUGGUUGGUUUCCUUCCAAUUAUGUUGAAGAUGACUUUUCGGAGUACUGCUGAGUGAUCUGAAGAGCAUUUAGUUUGGACACUGAGGAUUCAUCAUUUUUUCAUCUAGUAAAUUAUAGUAAAGACUAAACCACUACUUGCCUCAAGCACUUGCAAAGUGUGGUUUUGAAGGAACUUUUGUGUUGGUUGUCAAACAGCUUUCUCAGUGAUGGCCCUUAACUAAAAUCUUACAAAGAUUCCAAGGACGUUUUCACAUAGAAGAAAAAGUUUCCAACUUGGAGUUCUCUCACAUUUUAGAAAUAAACCGAACCAUAUGCUCUUUGGAUUAAUACUAAUGGCACUGACAGAAACACAUUCAAGCUAUUGUACCAUUAAAUCCCUUUUUGAUGUGUAUUUCUAGUAUGUGCAUGGUCCACUUCAGAAGUCAUACUUGCAAUGAUAUGUAAACCCAUUGUACUAAAAACCAUCAACUAAAAUGUUACAAGUAAGAAAAGUCAGAAGACAUACAUAAUCUAGGAAUUUUUUAUAUCUUACUUUACUUACCAUCAUGGGUUUUGUGGCCCACCAGUCAUAUUUUACAUCACUUUGAUGCAUUAUUGGAUAUACAUUGAAAAUCCUUUAGUAAAAUGAAAAGACAAAUCUAGGCUUCCUUUGAGAAAGGGUUUUCUGAUCUGUCCAUGUGUUUAAAGAAAUAACCAGAGGUUAAAUAAAGCUGUCAUAUUCCAGUCUACGAAAUUAAGCUGGCAUUUUAUCUAUAAUAAUGUAUUAAAGCCUGUCUGUAAGUAAUGAAAAAAGCAUUCCCUGAGAAAAAUGCACUCCACUAAUCAAACAUUCACACUACACACCUUGUAGUAUUUAUCCACCUUUUUUUUUUAACAUCAGUUUUUAUUGAAAUACAAUCAAGUAUACAUCAGGCAACAUGUAAUUUACAGGUAUCAUGGUAUUCUUGAAAAGACAUAGAAAACUAUCUAAAAACCUGUGGGAAUCAAGAUGUCAGUUUUUACAUAAAUUGUAGUCUUUGCUAACUAAUAGCUACUGCGCAUCUGAUUAAGAGAAAAAUAAAAGUGAUCAAACUUCCCAUCUAGAUUGAUAUUGACGUGACACGUUGAAAGCCGAGGUGGACAUCCUUUUGUACCAGCGAUGUUCAUUAAUGGACUGUAGAAUGUUUGAGACGUGUAUGGGCGUUCUUGUUUUCCAAUUGGCCGCAAUUUUUUGUCGCAUAGCUAUGCAUGCAUGAGAAAAUAUAGUAGUAUGUAAAAUGGAGAACUGUUUUAUACCAAGGGAUAGAAGAGCUAAAGCCGGGUCUAGUACAAUUUGAAAUUGGCAUAUACAGUGGUCCCUCAAGUUACAAUAUUAAUUGGUUCCAGGACAAACAUUGUAUGUUGAAACCAUUGUAAGUUGAGUGAUCGGUUCCAA